AGUUUAAUUUUCAACGAAAGAGAGCUCAUUGGUUUUGUUUUGUAAUAGGACGCAUGAACUUAAAUAACCAUGCAUUUUACAAGGACAAAAUUAGUGUUAUUUCGUAAUAUAAUUUCUUAUAAGGUAAACACAUUUUUAAUUUUAAUAGAUUUCAAUAAUAUUGUAAGAUAACAGUUAGUGUAGAGGUACUGAUUACUGAAUAUUAUCUAAACUACUACAUCAUACUACAUGUUACACUACUAAGUUUAGUUUUAGACUAUGACUAUAUAACUAUAUAUAAUUAUAAUAGUUAUAAUUAUAGUAUAGACUAUAGAUUUAUGAACUUAAUACUUAUGAGUAUGAGCAGUGUUACUAACUGUUACUGUUACACUGUUCAGUAGUAGUUUUGAUACUAUUCAGUACUGAGUGCCUAAACUCUCAGUAUAACUCCGCAAUUAGUAGUACUUUUAAGUACUGUUAUUUAGUAGUAGUGAUGUUGAUUGUUAUUAAAUUUUUUCAUGAUUCAAGUCAGGUACCGGUACAUGGCAUACAGUUAGAACCUGGUUAUGUCGAUGGCCUCGGGGUUUGCCGAAAUGGGUCGGGAUAACCGAUGUUUGAGAUAACUGAAAACCAAUAUGGUGGCAAUAUAUUAACAUGUGCUUGAAAUUUCUUUAUGUACGAUGUGCGUUAAUAAAUGCUUCAGUGCCUUCAGUCUUCACUAAAAAAAAUAUUUUUUUUAAAAAUAUUACAGUUACUUGAGUUACAGUAGUUAUUUAGAGCAAAUUUCAAAUUAAAAAAUGAAAUCAGAAUCAACUUUUUAACUUAAGUACUUUUUGAACUACACAUUUUAAAGUGCAAGUUCAUUUGGUAUUUUCUACUAUGGAUGAAGCCUCCACAUUUUGUGACCUCAUUCUGCUGCUCAUGUCUUGCGCAAUGACUAGGCCUACAUAGCUUAUAUAAGGCAACGCAUCCCCUUAUUACUAAAAUACUAUUUAGGGACUACUUAUUUUGAACUUUCAACUCUGGCACAUGACUAUUUAAUUAAAGCUUUCCCUGACCAAUGGUUUAAUAGCUAUUGCACACAGCAAACUCUUAUGAAUGAAACUCUUACGUAGUACCAUGGCAUAGCCAUUAUGCAAGUGAUUGUGAAAGGCUGCCCAUGACAACGUUUUGUGCACUGCAAAUUAUGAUCAUUUAUAAUAUUGACUCUACCUGGUUUUUAAACCUUGAAUUAAAACAUAUUUAUUUAAAUUACUUCUAGAUUCAUUAUAAAACACAAGUCCUCUAUUUUGAGAAAUAAGUCAUUAUUUUUAAUUAUGAAAAACUUUUUUUAUUUGUUGUUUGCUAUUUCUUAUUGCGGAGUUCAAAAGCCAGUGAUUGGUUGUGGGGAUCGAGAUAACCGAGGUUAAGUGGCAAAUUUGUUUCCUUUUGUGUUUGAGAUAUCAGGGUUCUGCGACAUAAAAGAAUCGACAUAACCCAGGAGAAAAUGCUAAGACAAAGAGAGAAUUAAGCGGUUUCACUUAAAAAAUGUCAACAUAACAGGGUUGGCGAGUUAACCGAGGUCGAGAUAAGCGGGUUCGACUGUACUGUAAAUACUCAUACUCAACAAGUCAAGUGUGAGUGUGUACAAGAAAGCUAAUUUCUCUACAUAAAUUUCAAUUUAAAUAAACAAUUUCAAACUUUGUUUUUAUUUUUUUAUCUUAUGAGUCGUUUUAAAAAAAUGCAAUGGCUUGGCUUACCAUUUUUUCAGUCUUUCUUCAAUAAAUCAAGUGUCACCUUUUUUGUUUUAAUUGGUAGUUAAUGCUCAAGAGAUCAAGCCAAUUUAUCAAACCAUUAUGUGCAGGCUGUUUCAAAUCUCUAUUUGUACCAUCAGGAACUUAUGCAACUCUUCCCCAGGUAAACAUUUAUUUAAAAAUAGAUUAGUUUAGAGUGAGAAUAGAAACAUUGAGGGUGAACCUACAUCAUUUUAAUCUUCUUCUAUGGCAGGAUGCAUGUCAAUUUAGGAAUUAAAAUUAGGUUUUACCCUUGAAAUAAAAUUUUAUUAAAAUAGUGGUAAAUUGACACAAUCCAUGGCACUUAUUUCCCAUGGCUGCCAUCUUGGUUGCCAUGACGACACAAGUCAUUACAACUAAGAUGGCAGCAGUUCUAAAAAAAAAUUAGUGCAAGCAUACACCUGCUAAAGUGGGGAUGAGAAUGUGCUGUUUUAGCUAAUUACUGCGAGAAACGAAAAUAGGAACAAAACGUUAGAAUUUAAAGAAAUAAUUUCAGCCGGUACAUUAAUUUUGUGGUGAAAUAAGUAAAUUUAUUUUAUCCCUCUAGAUAUGCGGCAAGAAAUGUGAACAACCUGCGGUCACUCUCUUUCCUGGCGUAAUUUUAUCUGGUACAUUAAUUUCAUGGCGAACAUAGCAACUCAACUAUAAAUACGUCAGCUACAGUUACACACUGUGAUAAGAAAAGUGAAAAAUGAAGAAAAACAACACAAAAUAAUUUUAACAUAAUGAAAACCCAACUUACCAUUUUAAAGAAUGCACUUUUAAUUUGUCAGAAAAAAAGUACAAUACUCUUCCCAUUUUCUAAAUGCAGGAAAAUUUAAAUAUUAUAACUAACUACCCAAUAACAUUAUAAUUUAAAAUAUUCCAUUGGGUACUGGCAUUAAUGUUUAAAAAAAAGAAAAGUUAACUCUACCAACACUCCAAGAACAAACAAAAGGGAGAGAAUCCUACGCAGACCAAAUAAACCUACACUGUAAUCUUUAAUGUAGAUUAAAUAUGUUGUCAAAGUUGAAGUAAGUUGAAGUAUUUUCAUCUUAGUUAAUAUGAAUACGUUUCAUUUUGAUGAAUUCUUGUGACAUGAUUUUUGACAGAAACAUGCGAUUAUAAGUAGCAAUAAUGUCAUGGAUGAAAUGUCCACCUGGCAGAAAAUAAAGUGGAAUGUUGGAUUGCAUGGUAAACUGGAAGUGCCUAGAACCGUGAGUAAUUAAGAAUAAUCAAAAUAUCCUCAUGCUAAGAGAGGAUGGAUGAAUCAUGCCAAGAGAGGAUGGAUGAAUCAUGCUAAGAGAGGAUGGAUGAAUCAUGCUAAGAGAGGAUGGAUGAAUUAUGCUAAGAGAGGAUGGAUGAAUCAUGCUAAGAGAGGAUGGAUGAAUUAUGCUAAGAGAGGAUGGAUGAAUUAUGCUAAGAGAGGAUGGAUGAAUCAUGCUAAGAGAGGAUGGAUGAAUCAUGCUAAGAGAGGAUGGAUGAAUCAUGCUAAGAGAGGAUGGAUGAAUUAUGCUCAGAGAGGAUGGAUGAAUUAUGCUAAGAGAGGAUGGAUGAAUCUGCUCUUACAUCAAAUGUUCUUGUGAAAUAAAUGAGCUACUUUAAUAUUUUUUCGCGCCAUGGUAAUGAUUUCCUUUCCACAUUCCUGGUUUGAAGUAAUGUUGAAUAAAUGAAUUAGAGUGUCUUGUAAAUGUUUUUAUUUCAGAAGCUCCUCUUAUCAGGAAUGAACUUGUAUGUUUCGUGCACAGACUUUGUAGAUUUCAGUGAAUUUGUGAAAGGUUUGUCAUUUAUUUUAUGUUCACUACAUUGUAAAUUUCAACAACUGAGUUGAGAUUUCCUAAUCUUAAAAUAGGGCUUUGAAAAUUUUUUAUCAUUUUAAUGAUUGUGAAUCUUUGCACACAUUCCAAGCAGAGAUGUACUGAGGGUGUGGCAAAACAUGGCACGGCAUGCACCACAGGCACAAAUUUAAUGGGGUAGCCAAAGUUCUCUAGAGCUUGGCAUGCUCCACAGGCACACAAUUAGUGGGGGAACCAAAGUUCUCUAGAGCUCGUUAAGCCCAAUUUUAGUUCUUUAUAGUGGGUGCCAUAUGUCUUCAAUCAGUAUUUGUCUUUUUUUUUUGUACUGAGGUUUCUUAAAAUGAUCUAUCCCUUCUACGCAGGAGUAAAUCUGCCAGACACAUUCACAUCAUGGUUUCUACUUGUACAGCUGCAUACAUGGUGAGAGCUUUUUACCAUCUCUUACCUCAAACUCUUAAAAUGUAUCUUCUCUCUCUUUCUCUCUCUCUCUCGCCCUUUUUACCUCUGUUUACUUGUGCGCCAUUCUCUUCCUCCAUUGUUACCAUCCCUGCUCUCUUUCUCUCCCAGCUUACAUCAACUUUUUUCUUCUCUUCUUCUCACCUUCCAUUUUGUAUUGAGCCCUCCCUCAUCCUUCCCUCCUUCAUCCUUCCCUCCCUCAUCCUUCCCUCCCUCAUCCCUCCCUCCCUCAUCCUUUUAUCCCUCAAUCCAUCCCUUGUUCCCUCAUUCCAUCCCUGUCCCAUGCCCUCGCCCUAUCUCUCAGUCCAUCCCUUCUUCCCAUAAUAUAUCAAUCCGUCUCUCAGUCCAUCCCUUCUUCCCAUAAUAUAUCAAUCUGUCCCUCAGUCCAUCCCUUCUUCCCAUAAUAUAUCAAUCUGUCCCUCAGUCCAUCCCUUCUUCCCAUAAUAUAUCAAUCUGUCCCUCAGUCCAUCCCUUCUUCCCAUAAUAUAUCAGUCUGUCCCUCAGUCCAUCCCUUCUUCCCAUAAUAUAUCAAUCUGUCCCUCAGUCCAUCCCUUCUUCCCAUAAUAUAUCAAUCCGUCCCUCAAUCCAUCCCUUCUUCCCAUAAUAUAUCAAUCCGUCCCUCAGUCCAUCCCUUCUUCCCAUAAUAUAUCAAUCCGUCCCUCAAUCCAUCCCUUGUUCCCUCCCUCUGUCUCUUUUUCUCCCUCAUCUUUCGCUCCCUUCAUCCCUCGCUCCCUCCAUCCAUUCCUCUCUCCUCCCCUCAAUCCUUCCCACCCUUCAUUCCUCAUUCCAUCCCUUGCUUCCUCAACAAUCUCUCUCUCUCUCUCUUUUUCUUUCUUUUUCAGUUUCUAUUUAUCUUAUAUGCCAGUGUUAUCUAUUUACAAGAGUUAUCUAUUGACACGUGUUAUCUCUAACUUCAGGCUGGUCAAUGUAAAACUGUCCCAGAUGGGCAAAGAAGGCGUCCUGCUGAAAAAGUACAUGUACACAGCCAUGUGGCAAAAUGUGGAGCGGAGGCUAGAAACAUUUCAGGUCAUUUGAGAACCAGAUUGAUUAAUAAAUAGUUAUGCUACACGGUAUCGCUGCACAAGUUAGCUUAGAUGUCAUGUCUUACACUGGCAGAGCUAGACAUUGGUAAAUUCAUGGGCAUACUUAGGUAUUUGUAAAUUCAUUGGCAUAGCCAGCUAGUAAUUGGUAAAUACACUGGUAUACCUAGAUAUUUGUAAAUACAUUGGUAUACCUAGAUAUUUGUAAAUACAUUGGCAUACCUAGAUAUUUGUAAAUACAUUGGCAUACCUAGAUAUUUGUAAUUACAUUGGUAUAGCUAGAUAUUUGUAAUUACAUUGGUAUAGCUAGAUAUUUGUAAUUACAUUGGUAUAGCUAGAUAUUUGUAAUUACAUUGGUAUAGCUAGAUAUUUGUAAUUACAUUGGUAUAGCUAGAUAUUUGUAACUACAUUUACUUUAGAUACAGUUCCUGGCAUCAAGCUUUCGUUACACCCCAGCACAGUGGGCUUAUACUUUUAGGUUCUGUCCCGACAACUGGUUCUGUUACUGACUCCCAGUUAGGGCACUAACAACUGGCUCUGUUACUGACUUCCAGUUAUGGCACUGACAACUGGCUUUGUUACUGACUCCCAGUUCUGGCACUGACAUCAGGGACUGUUACUUACCACCUGGUUUAUGCCACCAAAACCUGGUUUUUGACUUGGGCACUGCACUGGGGUCAACAAUGAUGAUAUUUUGUAACACACAUGUUCUCAACACUUACAUAUUUUGAGCACACCACUGGGUCAACACUUACAUAUUUUGAACAGACAGCCAUGUCAGCACUUACAUAUUUUGAGCACACCACUGGGUCAACACUUAAAUAUUUUGAACAGACAGCCAUGUCAACACUUACAUAUUUUGAGCACACCACUGGGUCAACACUUACAUAUUUUGAACAGACAGCCAUGUCAACACUUACAUAUUUUGAACACACAGCUGUGUCAACACUUAAAUAUUUUGAGCACACCGCUGGGUCAACACUUACAUAUUUCAAGCACACAGCCAUGUCAACAGCAAAGUGCUGUUGUGGUUACAAUGAGAAGAUAAAUGGAAGGCCGUUUUUGAUUUCAAAAUUUAAAAAAAAAAUGUAUUGAAUGAUUGGAUUAUUUCUUUAUAUUAUUUCUCAAUAUUGUUUCUCAUUUUCUGGUGUACAUGAAAACAAAACGGAUUAAGUUCCUGAAAGUGAAUGUACGUAUAAUUGUAUGAAAGCUGAUGUCACAAACGCAGUGAUCAAAAAGAUUUAUCAAGUUCAAUCUAUUCACUUAAGUGGAAACCGGGCCAAGUGCCCACCACGAUUUGGUCUACUUCAGAAUUUACAAACCUUGAUACACACCUGCUUCACAAUGACUGUCACGACAUCAUUUUCAGUAUACGGAGCUGUGACUCAGCAAUGUUUCGCGGGCUUUAUCUUGUUGCUAAUGUAUUUUUGGUUACAGGACAUAAGUGGGAGUGAGCGGAGGAAAGCUCUAGAAAACUACUACAGUCUGAUGGUUCUGUCUGUGUUAUACUACGAUGAGGUUAGUGAGUUAGGUUCUGUCUGUGUUAUACUACGAUGAGGUUAGUGAGUUAGGUUCUGUCUGUGUUAUACUACGAUGAGGUUAGUGAGUUAGGUUCUGUCUGUGUUAUACUACGAUGAGGUUAGUGAGUUAGGUUCUGUCUGUGUUAUACUACGAUGAGGUUAGUGAGUUAGGUUCUGUCUGUGUUAUACUACGAUGAGGUUAGUGAGUUAGGUUCUGUCUGUGUUAUACUACGAUGAGGUUAGUGAGUUAGGUUCUGUCUGUGUUAUACUACGAUGAGGUUAGUGAGUUAGGUUCUGUCUGUGUUAUACUAUGAUGAGGUUAGUGAGUUAGGUUCUGUCUGUGUUAUACUACGAUGAGGUUAGUGAGUUAGGUUCUGUCUGUGUUAUACUACGAUGAGGUUAGUGAGUUACUUUGGCCAUUCUCAUGCACUCUUCCGACCUCGUUAUGCUCUGUCUAAAUAUUAGUCAACUGCUACUGCCUGCUGUGUUUUAAUUUAACUCAAAUUGAUUUUCUUUAAUGCUAUGAUAUGUUUGUAAUUUAAAACAGUAUAAUCCUUUGUUAAAACAUUCACACAAAUUUAAGUAAUCCAUUAUAAAAAAUUAAUAGCAGAGGAAUUAUACCUUUUGUUUUCCCAUUUGUUCCUUAAUGACCUGUCAUAUAUAAUGGAGGCAGUACAUAUUUAAUCAACAGUUUAAUGAUUCUAUGACAUAAAUUAAUUAUGUUUUUACUUUUUUUUUUCCCAAGAAAAACAAAAUUUUUAAGUUGCAAGUUUAGCAAACAUUUUUAAAUUACUUUUCUGUUGCUUCAAAGCAACCGUCUCUAUCUGUACUUAGCGUAACUUUUGAACACUCAACAAUAAAACAACAGUCUGUACUUAGCGUAACUUUUGAACACUCAACAAUAAAACAACAGUCUGUACUUAGCGUAACUUUUGAACACUCAACAAUAAAACAACAGUCUUUACUUAGCGUAACUUUUGAACACUCAACAAUAAAACAACAGUCUGUACUUAGCGUAACUUUUGAACACUCAACAAUAAAACAACAGUCUGUACUUAGCGUAACUCUUGAACGCUCAACAAUAAAACAAUGUUUGUAUCACAGGGUCUUCUAGGGUCAGAUAAAACGUUAGCCAACUCCUUGUGGAUACAGUUGUAUGGAUUGGAUCCCGCUGUGCAGACGGACAAACUGGAGAUCUUGGUCGAAUAUGUCAGGAAACAGGUAUGAGACCGAAUGGUGCCAGAGAUUUAAAAAUGGAUAGUCUAAAAAUUUGCCAAAAAGGCACACCAAAAGAAUUAAAUGGAUAAAAGUGAAACUCUAAAUUAUUUCGUUCCAGGUUCAUCACCAUGAUCAACUUGACCCCUAUCCCAUCAUGAGGUACGGCUACAUCUCAUUUUUACCUCUCUUUGGAGACAAACUCGAUGAGAAGAAAGUUCAAAGAGAUAUCCACAGCAUAGAGUGGGCUUAUAAAGAUGUUUUGUAGUGUCAAAGAUCAUUGACAGUGGGUGCUGUUGUGAUCUUUUGAUAAAAACACAUUCAGGGAAGAUAAGUCUUAAUCUCCUUGAAUUAUGUUCAGUUGGGAAAGGGAGGCCAGAUAGAACUUUAUUCCGGCAAAAGUUGGAACUAAAAUGCCAUUCUGUGCAAUUUGAACAUGUUAAGAUGAGUAAAGAUUGGUAUAAAUCACAGUGAGCGAUUGAGCACACGGGGUUUAUGAGUAUUACCCUAAGAUGAAAUCACAGGCAUUGUAAAUAUUGAUAGCAGUAAUCAUUGUGAGAGUAUAAUUUAUAACUUAUUUAAUGUGGGACAUGCACUGGAUGAAUGUCCUGGUGUGACAUGCACCGGAUGAAUGUCAUGGUGUGACAUGCACCGGAUGAAUGUCAUGGUGUGACAUGUGCCGGGUGAAUGUCAUGGGGAACUUGUUGUUUAUUGAACAAAUAAAUAUUAUAAAAACUUGAAUUGAGAGGUAUUUUUUAAAGAGAUUAAAAUAAAUCAAAAAGAUACUUUUUAGAGAUAAGGAUAGCUCAUAGUUUUUUUAUUUAUAACUCAUAGCUUGGGAUUCUCUGCUAUUUUUUAUUAAUGAAUGGAGUUGAUUAAUUAAAAAAUAUGAUAAGAAUGAGAUAAGAUACUAUGUGAUGCUUUUACUGAUAGAAAAAUAAAAAUUGGAAAUUUGUU